AUGAUUAAUAAAAGACAAGCUUUCUCAUCUGGCAAUUCAACAAUUCAAAGUAAUAAUAGUUCAAGUAACAGAAUGAGUGGAAAUUUUCAUUCAAGUCAAAAAAGUAAACGAAAAUUGGUUAGAUUACAAAGACAACAUUGCAUAAUUGAUGAUGCUCCUUCUGAAGAAAAUUCUGUUGGAAAUGAUUUUUGGAUUGGUGUUGCUCCUUUAUUGGAUAUGGCUGGAACAGCAAGAAUUUUAGCGUGCAAAGCUGCGAACAUUUCCUCUGCAAUGUUAGCACACAGAAGAAAAUCAUCGGCACUUCCAAGUAUCGGCUGCGGAGGUAUUCAUUUUCCUCCCCCUUCAGCAUAUUGUGGGAAAAAAUCAUCAGGAGCAAGCAGCAUUUUGUUAACAAAUCCAAAAUGGCAACAAUAUGAACUUCAUCACCAUCCAUCAACUUCAAUGCAACAACAACCUCAAUUAUCAAAUGCCCCUUCAUCUCAUUCUGCAAUUGCUUCGGCAGCUAAUCGCCGUCAAACAGCUCGGGAAUCUGUCGCAAUUUUAGCUGAAAGUUGGGGUGUUUUUGCUGUUGACCCAAAUGCUGCUUCUGCAAAAGAGGAAAUAACUGGUAAUAAAAUAGUAAUAUAA